UAUCACCAGCUAUAGAACGAUAUAUAACACUAGAACGAUAUCACUGCAUGUGUAGUUAGUCGUGUGAGCUUUUUGUGGUAGAGCUUUAACGAACAGUGCAUCGGCAUUCAACAAUUCAUAGGUCACGUGUACUCUUCGAUAUAAGUGCCAACUGUACGUUUACACGUGUUUUUCCCCAGUCAUGUUCAGGAAAAGCUAAUUGUAAAUAAAUCACGAUUUUUCCUCCAUUAAUCUUCCCUCGAGGUUUAAUGAGGAACCGUUCGGGUGCACUAACCUCAAGUACAAGAUAUACUCAUUUUCAGGAUUUUCAGCUUUAAAUGGAAAACUUAGUCUUGCGGGAACUGCUCAAUUCAACGAAAUUUGUAUCGAUUUGGAAAGUACUAAGUGUGAACGCACGUACCUAAUAAGUGAAUUAAUAACAUCCAGUGUUUGGUUUUCAGUGUAUUUUUGUGUAUUUUUCAGAAGUGAAAUUCAGAUUAUGCUCAAGUUGAAGAUGCGUACUAUAUUUUUUUGAAAAUGAACACAGUGUUAAAAAACAAAAGUGAGAAUGUGCUCAAAAGGACGAAUAUGCAAUCACCGGUCGUCUCAAUGUUUAACUUCACUAAGAGACUUUCGCAAAUAGUUUUUCUUCGCGCGUCAAGUACUUUCCAAUUGUUUUUAUUUAAAGAAAAAGAGAUGAAUGUGGUUUCGGGCAACGAAUUAAUUAAAUUAAUUUUUAAACAUAUCGCUUUUCAACACGCUUAUGUCCAUUAGUGUCUUAAAAAUUGUGCAGGGUGAAACGGUAUCUGUUAAUUGUUAAUACUUAAGUAACUUUAAUAUGAGCGAAACGGUGCACUAUAUGAUGGAAGGAGGUGUAUCUGGUACGAUGGCGCCGGCUAUAACUGAACAGCCGUAUGAUGGCAACAUGGAUUACAUCAUCAGUGAUUACAUGGAAAGGCUGAGUACGAGGCUUAAUAUACUUGAGGCCGAAUUGAAGUACGCGUGGAGAGCUUUGGAUUUGCUCUCGCAGGAGUAUAUUAAAAUGUGGGAGCGUUUGGAGAAACUUGAGGGCCUAUUGUACGAACAGCAAAGUGUCAUUGCCCAGUUACUAGAUUUUUAUACAACCGUAGGCGUUAGCGAGGGGCAGGGUAUCAACGAUCAAAAUAUGAUCCUCGACGGAAAACUGGGACAACUGGAGGUCAUACGGGAAAUUUUGGGCAACGGAACUGUUGAAGAUGGCCUAGAGGAAGGAGUCGAUGUAACACGUACCUCUAAUCACCAUCCGACUAGCAUGAUAGAAGAAUUAGAACUGGAAUUAGGUAUGGACGAAAUGAGAGCGCCAGACGAGGCAUUCUAUAGAAGUCUAAACCAAGCGUAUAGAGAAGACUUGGUGGGAUGUGACACCUCCAGACCUCCGUCUCAUUUAGGUAUGAUUUGGGAAGAAGCAGAAGACAGCGAAGAUGUGAACAUAGGGCGAGACGAACUCAAGCAAUUGGAGAACGCAGCGAGGAUUGUUGAAAGUCAAGAAGUGUUCAGUGCAAUGGACUAUAAAGAUUAUCGCGGUAACACGCCGUGCGUUAGCGAACAAGACUUAGCUCAAUUAUCUCGAAUCAGUACAAUAGAUCAGUUAGCUAUGGAAAAACUGAACGAAUUAGAUAGGUUAAGUAGUAAAAUUCAACAAGACUCCAUCAAUAUUAAGCAUCUUCAGAGUAAACUCUAUGAAGAUGACGCAAACGAAAUAACCCAAGAGAAUGCGGCACCCGAGUUUCAAAAAAUCUUCCCCGAAAGUGAUGUGUGGGGCUACUCCGGUCAGUUGAGCACCACAAACCGCCCCAGUUCUCGUUUGUCCUUAUCUGAUAGCGUGGUGGGAACAGACAAUGAAGUUGCAGAAACCUUAGCUGGUGGUAUUCGAUCGCCCAGUUCUCCUCGCCGAAGGCAUACCGACGUAACAACAUGCAGUGCGCCUUACACGACUGUCACGGGAAGACUUGCGUACAGCACAGCGGUACAGAAUGCCGAAGCGGCUGCGGCCGCAAAUUCAGUUUCGAAAAACCCGUUUUACAGCGCAACGUUAGAAAUGAGCUCUUUGGUACCCGCGCCCUAUGAAACAAUAGCGUGCACGUCACCGGCCGUUUUCAACGCUAAAUCCGAACGACCCACUUCCCCAACGACGUCAAUAUGCAGUGUACGAAUCCGCCAAGAUGGUUACGUCGGUUCGCCAGGUAAAAAGCUAAGCAUGGAAAAUAUGGGCAACGCCGUAUCGCCAAGUCCCCCACCUCCUGCCCCUUGGGAUGUGUGCGGUACGUUUCGAGUAUCCCAAGUAACGGUAAUUCCUGGGCCUCAGCCGGCUCCCAGUCCUGUCUUCCUUGGUGCCUCAUCCGAAGCGCCCACCAUGUCAAUUACAAAUCAAGACCAUUCAAGAUUAAGUCCGAGAACACCACAUUCGCCUAAAUCACCUAGAACUUCACCAAAACGUAGCAAAUCCAACAUAGUAGCGGCAAAAUCCGAUUCCGGCUUAUCGUCAAUGAGCGGAUGGUCAAGUUUAGAAAAAUCUCCAGAUAUUACAAUUAAUAAGCAACAAAUUUUUCAUCGGGCCGUCUCACCAUUACCAACAGAAAUGCAAAAUUCCACGGCACAGCAAAGUAGUGCGUAUGCAGAAUCCGACACAGACUCCUUUGUUAAAAACCCACAACAUCAAGACAAUAACACCAUCCUUCCUGGUGGCCACCACAUGUCGGCGUUUACAACGGUAAAGUCCCCUUGCACUUUGGAAUCUUCGGGUAACUUCGUUCCGGCGCCGGCUCCCGCGUCUGAUAUAAACGUCAGUCCGAGAGCAAAGUCGAAGCACCACCACAACAAAAGUAGCGCCUACGGUGACCUUCCAUCGUAUAGAUUAGAACAACCGGCCAUUUACUCCGUGGCCGGUAGCAACAGGCAAGAAUCCUACACUUCUGUGUAUACGGGGAACAAUACAGAUUACAUUAGCCACAAUGUAAAUUAUCCCGACCUCAUAGAGCCUUACGAACACAACGAACUUAGUAACGUUAUUCAGAGACAGUUGUCUAUGCCUACCGAACAAGAGACAACGAAACUGGUACACUCGCACUAUAGGAAACCGAGCCUGACUAGGGCGUACUCGACCGGAAGCGGCCCGUCUAGCGAUGGAAUUACCACUCAUGACGGUUACAAAACGGCGAUGCAUCGCACUAUGUUUCCAACGGGUAAUAUAACAGAUGCGCUGUCUUAUUACCCAACAUCGGGCCGAUACGAAUCCGCGAACACUCACACAACGUACACAGACUACAGAGAUCCAUCAAUUUGGUUAAGUACAACCGACGGACAAAUACCUCUAGACAACACGAGCACGUCGAGUUCCUUACGUUCGGCCGAUACGGCAGAAAGCGAAUACACCAAUAGCCCAUAUACGGACCGCCGAUACAGUCACACGCAAGUACUUCAACGACCAAACGAGCAAAGGCAAUACCAAAUCAACCAACACCAAGUGGGGGACCUUACAAAGUCGGGUAACCACCGACAGGAGAUUCCGUACCUAGAACUCGAUCUCAAAAACAAAAACGUGCCCGAGUAUAUCAUUCAACAGCAACAAAACUCCAACCAACUCUACGACGCGAACGUAAUCAUGAGUCAAUCCGGUUACAUAACGAUCACCUCCGACAUGCACAAGCUGAAUAAGGAGCAAAAGGCGAACAAAAAGUUGAAAAGAGGCAACACGCUGAAAUCGGCUAUGAGUUCGGUUAGUCACUGGUUACCAGACCUACACCUAAAAAAGCGAAAUCGCUCCUACUCGCUCCCUUCGGAUGACCGGGAUGAGUUUAAAGAUAAAAAUAAAAACGUAACCAAAACGCACACGGGCACUACCCCGAGGAAAAAGAAGAAAAACGUACUCGUAUCCACAGUAUCGGGAAUCAUACAGAAAGCUAAACGAAAACACAACUAUCACAUGCACUCCCUUUCCGAUCCAGAACAAUCGGAAAACGAGUGGGUUAUCGGUCGCGCCAGUUCGGUUGUGUCCGAGGAUGACAGAAGCGACGACAGCUUCAGCGUGCUUUCCGAGUGUCAAUCUGAGCGCGAAUCCCUAUUUCCCAAAGUAAUUACGAACAAACCCAGAGCUGUGCGCAAACCAAGCCACCACGAUGUCCUACAGAAGGACGAGGAGGAAGAACUGGCAUCGCAAUUCGAUUACAUCCGAAAGCAGUCCUUAAAGGAGCCGUGCGAGCCUGACGUAGCGAGUUAUACUGAGAACGACGAGUCGGGUAAGAGCGAGAACGAGUCGAAUCUUUUCGCGACGAUCGGCGACUCGAAGAGGGCGCCGUCGAUUUCCGACAAGAGCGAUGAUUCGAUUACCAGCGAGGGUAAGUUUCCGCAAGUUUCUCUCGGGGGUGCGUCGAUGGAGUUCGCGGUGUCACGCGCGUUGGGGAAAUAUCGGCAGAGACAGUCCUCGACGACGUUCGACGAUCAGGUUUUGUCGGACGAGUCGACCGAGAGGAUUGAGGAUGUGAUGGAGAUGGCGGCGGUUAAGGAGGUCAUCGCGGUCGAGGAGAGUAAACCGGACGUGAUUUUGAAGGAGCAGAAGUCCGUGGAGUUUUCUGUGAACGGGACGAAGGUGUCGAAUGGUGAAUCGAUCGUCGAGAGUAGUCCGUCGACGACGAGUUUGAGGGGACACAUAAACAGAGCGUUUCCUAGGCAUCAGCAGAGCUUAGAAAUUCCGGGUUAUCGGGAGGACGACGAUAAUCGCAGCACCCACUCGUGGCGUAGUGGCUCCAGGGUGUCUUCGAGGCGACAAAGUACGGAGGACAGCAUCGAUAGUGAAGACGAGUGGUACUGUUACGAAUUGAGGAAGCUGGAGGAAAUGGAACGUCAGUCCUUGCUUGAGAUAGAAAUGGGCGAGACCUUGGAGGAGGUGCCUGAGAUUGAAGAUACGUUUGAACCCGACGAGGAUGUGAAGGAGAGAAUGUCGUUUGUACUGAGAGAGUUGAGGAUGAAAGCGAGGGUCUUAGAGGGUGUUCUGGAUGAACAAGAUAAUAAUCGACAAGUUCUCAUGUCCGCUAAACACCGAAGUAGUCGCAAAUCGUCACUGGCCGAAGUUGACGAAACACAGCCAACGAGUGAACCCGAAGAGUACUACGAAGAAGAGGAUGAAUACAAGAGAAGCGAACGUAGAUCUGAUGACGAGCGAUCUUCUGGAGAAACCUCGGGUCCUGACAGUCCUCGUCACAGCAUAGAGGAGUACGAGGAAGAGGAAGACGUAGUGCUCGAAUUUGCGAAAUGUCACCUAAGAAAUUCCGGGCAAGAGGAUCUGCAAUUGCCAAUCCCUGAAAUCCCAAUCGAGGAGGGUGUAACUGAAAGUGAAAGUGUACAAAACAGUGUAAUUGAAGUGCCACAAAUUACGAUCGAUAGUACAUGUUCGAAGGAAGAAUCGGCGAAAGAUACGGGCCCGCUCGGCAGCAAAUGGAAGCUGUUGAAGGCGCUGAAGGAACGAAAGGCCGAAGAAAAGAGCAUACAGGGAAAAUCUCCAGAAACCCCGAGCGAGAAAGAUAAAAAUGGCAGCGGCAUUGGUGGAGAUUCCGGUGGACGACUCAAUGGGCACCCGGGGGAUAACCCAUUUUACAGCAACAUUGACAGUAUGCCGGAUAUCCGACCGAGAAGGAAGUCGAUACCUCUUGUAUCUGACUUGGUGCUCAAGACUAUGGCUGCAACCAAAAGGAAUGCCGGAUUGACGUCUGCUGUGCCGAGAGCUACACUUAAUGACGAAGAGCUGAAAAUGCACGUGUACAAAAAGACCCUACAAGCGCUCAUUUACCCAAUUAGCAGUACUACGCCGCACAAUUUUGUAUUAUGGACUGCUACUUCUCCGACAUACUGCUAUGAAUGUGAAGGGUUGCUGUGGGGAAUUGCACGGCAGGGUGUCAGGUGUACGGAAUGCGGAGUUAAAUGCCAUGAAAAAUGUAAGGAUCUACUAAAUGCCGAUUGUCUGCAACGAGCCGCUGAAAAAAGUUCGAAACAUGGAGCGGAAGACAAAGCCAAUAGCAUAAUAACAGCAAUGAAGGAGCGAAUGAAGCAGCGGGAGAGAGAGAAGCCGGAAAUAUUUGAGCUUAUCAGGGACGUCUUUGGCGUAGAAGACAAAAGUCAUUCGGGUCACAUGAAAGCCGUGAAACAGUCGGUAUUGGAUGGCACGUCGAAGUGGUCAGCUAAAAUAGCAAUUACAGUCAAAUGUGCACAAGGAUUAAUUGCAAAGGAUAAAAGCGGGACUUCCGAUCCUUACGUUACUGUUCAAGUUGGUAAAGUAAAGAAACGCACACGCACAAUGCCUCAAGAGCUUAAUCCUGUUUGGGACGAAAAGUUUUAUUUGUAAGUUACUUUUUAUUAAAAUUAUUGUCGCUUUCCUCACUUUCAUAAAUUCGUAUUCUAUUAAGUCCUCAAGCGUCUCAUAUAUCAAUUAUUCUGUACGUUAGUGUUC